CACAUGCUGUUGGGAAUUCAGUUUACGCUCUGUCGUUGACUAGUCCAGUUCUGCAGUUCCACUCCGGGUCGGUAGAUUUGGUAGUGUAUUGAAGUGCGUGAGUGGAGUUUAAAGUUGGUGUCUUUGGUAGUCUUUUGUAUUUGGCAAAAAAACAAAAAAAAAGUGUGUGUUUUAAUUACGGGAAAGGAGUUGCUGCUUCGAUAUGAUUCCAACACCAAAUAUUUUCAAUGGUAGCUUGAUUCUGUGCUGUUUGAUGCUGUACUUCUGGCAGGUGGAGUCCAUACACACCGAGGAGGGCUUGGAGCUCUUAUUUCGCGAAAGAUCUCAAUCGGAUUGGGAAAAUGUUUGGCAUCAGGAAACCCACUCACGCUGCCGUGACAAAUUGAUACGCCAAUUGUAUUGGGCCUGUGAGAAGGACAUUUAUCGGCUAACACGACGCAAUCGCAAGCGUACUGAUAAUGAAGCACUGCAGAAGAGAAGUAAACCUGUCGCACGCAACUGGCUCCAAUUGGAUUAUGUCAACACUCUGCUACGCUCGCGACGCGCAGAUGCGCCAUCCAUUACAAACGAAUGUUGCACCAAAGUUGGCUGCACUUGGGAAGAGUACGCCGAAUAUUGUCCAUCCAACAAGCGACGCAACCAUUACUGAGAUGAGGAGGAGGCCAAAGGCUUUGGCGCAAUCCGUUGAUCAUGGACGGAGAAUGAGAAUCGAAAUUUGUUUUUUUUUUUUUGGGACA